GCUCUUGUUGCGCUGCUCUACUUCAGCUUCGUGACUUCGAAGAAUGCUCGCAGCUUGUUCAUUGCUUCCUGUUUCAAUUUUUGGUUUUCUUUUUGGUUCAGUAACGGCGGAGUUAGGUGGCGGUGUGCGGAAGAGUGGACGACCACCUUCUGGUUUUUGUCCGUGGAGGAGUUUUAUAAAUUUUUUUAUUUCUUUUUAAGGAAGUAGUGCAAAGGAGAAGGAUUAGACCUCCCCUGGGAAAUACGCAAAGCUUGAAGGCGGCGGUAGAGGAGGGUAGCUGGAUUGAAUCGUUUACAUUUCGCAAGUUAGAGAAUAUUCCGGGAUGAAGCGGAAGAUCAUUGGAACAGUACGCGAUGAUUGUCUAAGAAUUCUAAUUUCCCCCCACCAAGCUGCUGAAGGGUUGGUAUUAGCUUUGGAAUGGCGCACGCUAGUCUUCAUUCAGGUGUCAGACCUUCGCUACAGCCCAUUUUUACAGCAAGGUCGAGCAAAGAGCACUCUUUGAAGCAUCCACAAGCUCUGAGGACUGCACUUUGUAAUAAGGUGAAUCCGGUCUCAAUUUCAUAUUCUCGAGGUAUCUUAGUAGGGGCAGCACAUCGAUUCUCCGCGAAACUACCACCAACGACGCCCGUCAGGAGAGGCGCUUAUGUAAGAAGUCCAGUCAUUGCUGAGGCUUCAAGAGUACGAUCCACAAGAUUUGAUGGCGCGAUUGCGACGGAGGAUGUGACAAACCUUUCUAUUUCGGAUGAAGCACCUGGGUCUAGGGCCAGCUACAGCACGGACACGGAUAGUGAGGGUGAAGGUGAAUAUAGUCUGGCGUUUGAUAAUGAGAGCAUGCCCGGAUUCACAGUGGUUGGCGUCGAUGGAAUGGAUCAAGACAAUUUGCUUAUGGACGUUACUUUGAGUUUUUAUGAGAUGGGCAUCAGUGUUCAGAGUGCCCAGUUGCUUUCGGAAAACAAUCGUGUAGUAGACGUGUUCAUUGUUUCGGAUGCUGAAUCGAAGGCAGCUAUACCUGAGGACAGGUGGCCUGACAUCUCUGAGAAGAUUUUUGCUAAAUUAAAGCGGCGUAAUGUUCUUAAUACGGCAAGUGGUGAUCCUAAUCUGGCGGAACAGGUCACCUUCUUGACACAAACCUUGAACAAAGCAGUUCGUGGAGAUGGCAGAGAAGAUGUGCUCGAAGCAGCUUAUUUUCUGCAAAGUGGUUUUGAAGAGCUGCGUCAGAAAGAAGAUCCUAGAAAGCGCGCUGACUUACUGCGUUAUAUUGAGAAUAUGGAGCCGUCUAAGAUAACCGCAGUUAUUCGUUUAUUCUACCUAUAUUCAUCCCUUCUUAACGUAGCAGACGAAGCGCACAGUCAUCGAGUGCGUCGCGAGCAGGUGUGGGCCAGCAGAAAUGCAACGCCACUCUGGUAUGCAUCUUUUGAUCACACUCUAAGAGCUUUCAAGAAGGAAAACGUAGGAGCUACCGAGCUUCAAGAAUUGUUCAAUCGAACAGAGUACAAUCCAGUCUUUACCGCCCAUCCAACAGAGGCUCGGCGCAGAGAAGUUCUUACAUGUUUGCAUCGUAUUUUUCUUCUCUGCAAUGAUCGCGAGGAUCCAAGACUUAGUCCCGCGCAGAAAGUGGAAUUGGAGGUUGAAAUUGAGGCUGAGAUUGAAAUACUUUGGAGAACAGAUGAGAUGCGAUCAAGGAAACCUACUGUGUUGGAAGAAAUAACUACAGGACUUGAUUACUUUCGUUAUUCUCUUUUUGAAGCCGUGUGCACUACUUAUCGAUAUGCUGAGAACUCCGUGAACGCUAUAUAUCCUGACGAAGGUCUUGUUGUUCCAAGUUUUAUUAAAUUUGGAUCGUGGAUUGGUGGUGACCGCGAUGGUAAUCCCUAUGUCCGCCCCGAGACGACCGUGAUGGCAGCGUUGCUUGCAAGCCGCCUCAUCUUGGCUGAAUACAUCCGUCGAGUCCGUGCAUGUCAGGACACAUUGACUCACUCGCUACUCAUCUCUGAAGUCUCAUCAGAGCUAUUGGAGAGUUUAGAAGAGGAUAAGAAAGUGAUGGAGCAGAUACCUGCUAUUCGCUUCGAUAGUGAUCUUUACGAGCAUGAACCAUACAGACUCAAGCUUAGAGUCAUGCGACACCGACUUGAGCAAAGAUUGAGAGAAGUCAAUGCUCGCUUGCGUGAGUUAGGAAAGGCAGGCAUGCAUGAUGAAUUGUUGAUAGACAUAGAAUUCAACAUUGACGAGAUUCCCGGGUUGGAUCCAAAGAAGGAUGCUUACGUCAGUGAGGACCAGUUUCUGAACGAUUUGAAACUAAUCGAUUUCUCAUUACGCAAAAGUGGAGACUUUCGCUUGGCGGAUAGAAAGAUAAAGGAUUUGAUUCGACUGGCUGAGACAUUUGGCUUCUACUGUUGUUCUCUUGAUGUCCGGCAAGAGUCAACUGUACAUACUGAGGCAACAGAUGAGAUUAUUCGACUCUUAGGACUACACGACAAUUACAACUCACUAUCAGAGGCAGAGCGCAUGAAUUUGCUUGCAGAAACUAUCUCAAGUCCGCCCCCUUCAGACGAAGUCGAGGAAUUAUACAAAACCAUGUCGGAACCAUCAAGGGAGGUAGUGGAGCUCUUUUUCGCCUGUGCGGAUAUUAUAGAAAACAUCUCCGAAAAAUCCAUAGCCUCUUACGUUAUCUCCAUGACUCGUCAAGCAUCUCAUGUGAUGGAAGUAUUAUUCCUUGGGUGGUUUGCAUGUAAAAAUUUGCUAGAGAAAAAAGCUUCCGGAGAAUGGAGCGCACGGUUGGUUGUUGCUCCUCUCUUCGAAACUAUACCAGAUCUGGAGAACAUGCCAGGGUCUCUAGAAUCUCUUUUCAAAAAUGAGACUUACAAGGCAAUCUUGAUGGCUUCAGGCGGUAUUCAGGAAGUGAUGUUAGGUUAUUCAGACUCCUGUAAAGAUGGAGGUAUUACAGCUAGUGCAUACAACCUGUACAAGGCUCAAUGUGUAAUUCAAAAACUCACAAGUGAGGCAGGAGUGAAGUCGUGCAUCUUUCAUGGUCGUGGCGGUACUGUUGGUCGUGGAGCCGGCCCGACUCAUGAGAGUAUUCUAUCACAGCCACCAGGCAGUGUGGAUGGACAAAUAAAAUUCACAGAGCAAGGAGAAGUUAUUACUUAUCGUUAUGGAAAUGCUCAAACGGCUGCAUACGAGUUGACUGUUGGCAUUACUGGGCUUUUAAAAGCUAGUCAUCCCGCAACUCGACUUGGUGGUGACUAUGAAAGGUACUUCUCUAUUAUGGAGCAGCUUGCGUCAGCUGCAGAGAAGUCGUACCGUGAACUGACUGACGAUACGGAAGGAUUUUAUGAUUAUUUCUAUGAAUCAACCGUUGUCAACGAGAUUGGACUGAUCAACAUUGGGAGUCGGCCUGCUCGUCGUAAGGCUGCUGUUCGUGACAAGUCUUCAUUGCGUGCUAUCCCUUGGGUCUUCGGGUGGGCACAGUCAAGGCACACACUACCAGCAUGGUAUGGGGUUGGCAGUGGCAUUGCUCAUUAUACACGCGAUGAACCAGACAGAAUUAAAGAGCUUCAGUCGAUGUAUCAAGAAUGGCCUUUCUUUCGCACUUUUCUGUCCAAUGUGCAGAUGUCUCUGUUUAAAGCAUCAAUGGAGAUCGCUCAAGAAUACGCACGAUUAUGCUCGAACCGCAUCACGCAAAAGCUGGUCUAUGAUCUAGUGGCGCAAGAGUACUCUCUCACGAAGGCUCAGUUUCUGAUGGUUUCGCAGCAAAAUAAGUUGCUCCAGGACAAUCCGUCUUUGGAGAGUUCAUUCGACACGCGACGAAAGUACCUCGACCCACUUAACCACCUCCAGAUCAUACUUUUGGGCCGCCAAAGAGACCCAACAGCACCUGAGGAGCAAAAACCCCUGUGGGAGAAGCCUUUGCUCAGGACCAUCAAGGCCAUUGCCAGUAACAUGCGUAACACUGGCUAGUUUCGUAAGCUUAUGCAUUUUGCAUCUAUAAAUUGUAACAGAAGAUGAGAAUCAGAUUGCGAGUGCUGUGGCUGAGACAACGAUCACGAUUUCACAAAUUUGAAUUCUUAGUCUAGAUCUCAUGUAGGGCCUUCAAAAGCUCAGAUUUCAUCCUUUAUGACCAUCCAUAGGCGCAGUGGGGGUAUCCGUGAUUCCUAGCUUAGUAAACUGUUAGAGGUUUGUUUGGUUUUACGUUUUAUUAUAUGUAGAAACAAAGCAUUUGUCACAAAAUGUUUAUUUAAGUCGAUUCUGGAACAUGAACUGUUGACCAACCUGGAAAUUUUUCUUUCUUCCUUC